UUCCGUCUUGGCAAGUCAAGGCCGUGUUCACCCUCCUGGCUCGCUGGCCUUCCCCCCCAUCUUCCUGGACGUGGUCGGGGCCAUCCCCUGCCAGCCUGGCUCUCCAAUCCUGUAAAAACUUGGGUUGCCCGAUGCCUAUCAUUCCUAUCCCGCGGCGGGUUCGUUCUUUCCACGGCCCCCACACGACAUGCCUGCACUCGGCCUGCGGGCCGGUCCGGACCACCCCCUUGGUGCGAACCAAGUACAACAACUUUGAUAUCUACCUGAAGUCCCGCUGGAUGUACGGGGUGAUCCGUUUCUUGCUGUACUUCAGCUGCAGCCUGUUUACCUCCGUCCUCUGGGCGGCGCUGGCGGUCUUGUUUUGCAUCCAGUAUCUCAGCAUCCGGUUCUUUCUCCGCUUCCAAUACAAACUCUCUAUUAUCCUGCUCCUGUUGGGAAGGAGACGGGUGGACUUUAGCCUGGUUAACGAACUGCUCAUCUAUGCCAUUCAUGUCACCAUGCUGCUGGUGGGAGGCCUGGGCUGGUGCUUCAUGGUUUUUGUCGAUAUGUAAAUAAAGGCAGCGAAGGCAUGGAGGCCAAGGCGCUGGGGUGACCUUAACCUGGGGGUCAGAUCCACCUGUGACUUCCCUCUGCUCUUGCCCCGUCAUCUCUCUCCAGCCACCAUAGGUCCACGUCCCAAGGCUUGCUUAUGAUUGAGGUGGCUUGGAGAGAGAGUCAGUUUCGUUCUGAUCACCUUGUAAACAACGUCAGUGGACACUGAUGGGUCUCAGGAAGACUGGCACCAAAUGUUACAGUAUAUGCCCCCCUCUCAACAGGAGAACAGUUUGCUGGCCACUGAACCCUCUUAUGGAUCCUGCAUUGUUCCCUCUCCCUUCCCCUUCCCUUCCGGUACUCAGUGUUUGGAAAUGAUCUCCUGAGUUCUCGUUUGGUUGAUCGUCUUUGUUCAUCUAAUGUGUUUUUAGGUAUAUCUGGAAUAUUUUUGUUCGUCUAAUGUGUUUUUAGGAAUCUCUCUCCCCGCUCCACCAAAAAAGAAAAAAGAAAAAGAAAAGCCUAGUAAUAAUUUUAACUUGUUCUUCAGUGGCCUUGUUUGACUUCAGAGUUGCUGACAAGCAGCCUGUAAGUUGACCGUUAGAAGGAGAGAUGGGUGCUGCCCUUCUCAUGCGUAUUCAUGUCUUGUGGGGGUUGUGCUGCCCUUAUGUUCCCCUUGUGCACUUCAGACUGAAGAUUGUGGGCUGAUCCCUUGUUAAUAAGAAGUAGUAAAAAUGGAUAAAAGGGGUUUUUCAGCUGCUGUUGUCUUAGUCUGUCUUUCUUCCUGAGAUGGGCCCAUGUUCUCACAUGUGCAAGCUUUUGAAAGUUGCAAUUGUUUAUGUGUUAAGACUGAAGGAUGCUGGAACUGGGGUAAUAUGGGGGAGAAUGAUCAAGCUUUGAAUCAGGACGUCCAGGUCUCAUUUUUGCCAAGAAUUUAAUGGCUGUGUUCACACAACACACUUAUCCUUCAACCUGGGUCAAUAAAGCAGGGUGGUUGGGUUCGUAGAACCUGCUGUGUGCCAACAAAGCAUAUUGUGGCUUAAUGGGAUGCUGAGGCAAUGACUGAGAUCCCGCACCAGGCUGAAUUACAGAUGACCCAACCCUGAGCCUAGCUUAGUGUGUUGAGCAAACGUCGCCUUCAGGCGGACUUUAAUAGGCCAGCAUCUCUUGCGUUCAGCCCAUCUGCAGCAUCACUCUGGUCCUGGCUUGUCCCACAGGCAAAAUAACAAUGUCUGGGUAGCCCUUGGGGCAUUCCAAUAUGCCUCCUUCAUUGCUGUGUUGUUUAACAGAAACCGUUUUUGCAUAUGCAUAGCCUCUGCCUGAGCAGAGAAUCCAGUCCAGCAGAGAAUCCCCUGAGGGCCAGCGAGAAACAAAGAAAGGGAAGUCUUGUUUCAACUUCCUUGAAACAGUGGAGGGGAGUAGGGUCUCUCUCUAGGGGCAACAGAGGAAGAGACUUAGGGGAUCUUACCAUCAUGCGAUCUUUUCUAAAAUCUCCCUCCCUCCCUCCCCUGCUUCUGGAAGGGGAGGGGGGAUCAAAUGCAGCUUCCUUCUGCCUGUAUCUGCAUUGCCCUUGCGUGGUUUGUCCCACUUGCUCUUCCCUCAUUCGGCAACCUGGCUGAGAUUAAAGCCUCCUUCUUUACCACAGAGACAAGCUCGCCUGCGUACGGAUGGCUUCUGCUAGUUUAAUUCAUCGGUUCGCCCCAGCUGCAGCAAAAGGAAAAGUCUGUAUGGCGCUCCCGCGCAGGGGUCGGCCUGGAACGGCAGACCCCGUGCGCCAGCCUCCG